UAGGCGAGGCUCUGCGGGGCUGUGGGAGGCGGCGAGCGCUCGGCUGGCAGGACGCCGGCGAGCUCGCACGGCCGGGCACUCCUGCCCCUGCCUUCCGCCCGGUCACCUCGCAACGUUACGUUCUAGGUGUUCCUCGAUGCUCGCUGACUUCCCUGCACAGAAGGUGGAAAAGUUGUUUUGGUCUGAACGCGCCCGAGAGCCACGCUGGUGGUCCGGCCAGCCCGCUUCCGGCGUGGAGCUGUUGGUGGAGCUCGGCACCCGAGCAGAUUCUGUGGAAAUGCUGAGGAGAAAAGUGCCCCUCAGAUGAGCGUGGUCGGCGACCAGUCUUUCCCGAAGGCGAUGGCAGGGACCAAAACAAGCUGGUUUGGGCUGCUAGCUGCAAACUGAGAGAAGCAGGCUGAGGGCUGCCAGGCGGGAUGGACCUCUGUGGAGAUCCGGCAGCGCCCGGCGGCGACUGUCCCCAGGCUAGGGGACAGGGGCUCCAGGGGGCGUCUGGCCAGAAGGGUCCUCUGCAGGGAACUUACGUGGACGGCAGCCACAGUGAACAUGAAGACCGAAACAGAAUGUCUGAAGAACUUAUAAUGGUUGUUCAAGAAAUGAAAAAGUAUUUUCCAGCCGAGAGACACAGUAAACCCAGCACCCUAGAUGCCCUUAACUAUGCCCUACGCUGUGUACAUAGUGUGCAAGCAAACAGUGAAUUUUUCCAGAUUCCCAGUCCACAUGGAACAUGUCUGGCAGAUGUGACUGUGUACAGUCUUGAGGAGCUGGCCUGUCUUGUUUCUGAACAUACUUCCAAGAACACAGAUACCUUCGUGGCAGUGUUUUCAUUUCUGUCUGGAAGGUUAGUGCACAUUUCUGAACAGGCUACUUUGAUCCUGAAUUCAAAGAAAGAUGUCUUGAAGUCCUCGCACUUUGUUGACCUGAUUGCUCCUCAAGACGUGAGGGUGUUCUACACACAUACUGCUCGCACUCAGCUCCCUUUUUGGAACAGCUGGACCCAAAGAGCCUCACGGUAUGAAAAUGCACCCGUGAAAUCCUUUUUCUGCAGAAUCUGUGGAGGUGGAGCCAGAGAGCAAAAGAAGCAUUACUCCCCUUUCCGGAUCCUCCCCCAUUUGGUUCAUGUGCACAGCUCUGCCCAACCAGAGCCAGAGCCUUGCUGUCUCACAGUGGUUGAGAAGAUUCACUCUGGUUAUGAAGCUCCUCGAAUCCCAGUGGAUAAAAGAAUUUUUACCACAACACACACUCCAGGAUGUGUGUUUCUUGAAGUAGAUGAAAGAGCAGUGCCUUUGCUGGGUUACCUACCUCAGGAUCUGAUUGGAACCUCCAUCUUAACACACUUGCACCCAGAAGAUCGGCCUCUGAUGAUCGCCAUACACCAGAAAGUCUUAAAGUAUGUGGGCCGUCCUCCGUUUGAACACUCGCCCAUCAGAUUCUGCACUCAGAAUGGAGAUUACGUCAUUCUGGAUUCCAGCUGGUCCAGCUUUGUGAACCCCUGGAGCCGGAAGGUUUCCUUCAUCAUCGGUCGACAUAAGGUUCGAACGAGUCCAUUAAAUGAGGAUGUUUUUGCUACCAGAAUAAAAAAGGCAACUAAAAAUGACAAAGACAUAACAGAAUUACAAGAACAAAUCCACAGGCUUUUUGUGCAGCCGGUCCACGCCAGUGCUUCCAGCGGCUACGGGAGCCUGAGCAGCAGCGGCUCACAGGAGCAGCACAUCAGCGUCGCCUCUUCUAGUGAGUCAAGUGGACACUGUGCGGAGGAGGCACAGAAAGAGCAGAUGACCUGGCAGCAGGUCUGUGCCGGUGUCAGCAGGAUCAAGAACGUGGGCCAGCAGCUCUACAUUGAGUCGAUGGCCAGAGCAUCAGUCAGACCUGUGAUGGAGACACGCAUGGAGCUGCAGGGCGCUGAUGAGCAAAAGGACUUUUCUUCCUUUGAGACACUGAAAUAUAAAAGCAUGUGUACUGGCUCUUGUGACGAUGUGGGGCGAGAAGAGCACAGCUCAUCCUACCAGCAGAUGAAUUGUAUCGACAGUGUCAUCAGGUACCUGACAAGCUACAGUCUCCCGGCCUUGAAAAGGAAGUGCAUAUCCUGCACAAACACGUCUUCAUCCUCAGAAGAAGCCAAGCAAAACCAGGAGGAGGACAGCAGCCCGGCACUGCGAGAUGCUGAACAUAUCCAGAACAUACCUGAGCUGGAAACAACAGCUAGACUACCCACAGCCGCCGGAGGUGGUGCUGCACGGACACUGUCCACUGCCGCUCCGAGCGUGGGGUCUGCCGUAAGCCAGUGCAGCUGCAGCAGCACCGCUGUCCCUGUCCCGCCCCUACAGUCAGAGGGUGUUGCCUUAGCUUGUAAGCCCUGGACCGUGAGAACACAGCCAUCUCACCUGACCACAGAAGAAUUUCAGCAUGUGGGGCUCACCGCAGCUGUCCUCUCCGCACACACACAGAAGGAGCAACAGAACUGUGUCGACAGGUUCCGAGAGAAGACCCUGACCUCCCCUUACAGCUGCUGUCUUCAGCAGGGAAGCAGAGACAGUGCUAAGUACUCCUCUGUCGUUUCAACAGGUUCUGCUACUAAGCACACCAGAUGUGCUGCAAGCGAGAGACAGAAGCCCAAACGGAAGAAGCUGCCGGUGCCUUUGAACAGUAGCAGCCCCAGUGCUGACUUCUGUUCCCAUGUCCGAGGACUCCUUCCAGACAUGCAGCCCUGGAGCCCCGCUGGGGCCUCGUUUCCCCACGCCGAGAGCCUAGCUUUGCCGUCAGCCCUGGUGCUUCCCAGGCAGGCCCCUUAUCUCCUUCCAUCUUUCCCCCUCCAAGCUGUGGCUUCUCUGGGAGUGAGUGACCAUGCAGCCUGCGGAGCUGCAGCUGCAUGCCCUCAGCCUGUUUCAGCUCUCCCUUCUGCUUGCCUGGACACGUUCAUGACCAUGUACCUGCACAGCACCCCCAUCUUUCCUCUGUGGGCAGCAUCGUUCUCCCCGUAUCCAUUCCUGGGGGCCACAGGCUUCUCUGAAGUGACACCCUCAGUACCAGUAUUGGCUCCAAACCUGGAACCAGCUUCUUCAGACCACAGCCAAAGGAGAGUGGAGGAGAACUGGGAGACACACAGUGAAGAGCGUCCAUUUAUUAGUUCAAGGAGCAGCUCGCCAUUACAGCUAAACUUACUGCAGGAGGAGAUGCCUGCACCAGCUGAGUCUGCAGCUCCAGUGAGAAGAGGCCCAGAUGCUGAGUGUCACUGUGUUACAGGUCACAGUGGCAGUAGGAGCAGUCACUGUGCCACCGGUGAGCUGGCCACAGCAUCAGUUCACCAGGGGUCUCUGUCUGCAGCUGCCUCAGGAAGCAGUGCCAGCAGCGUGUCCUUGAGUCGCGGUGACAAUUCUUCUGAAGCCUCUGAAAAUGGACAGAGGUCGCAGCAUCGACAGAGAAAUGCAGCUUUUCCCGGGACGGCUGAGGAGUCCAUCUGGAGAAUGAUAGAGCGAACGCCAGAGUGUGUCCUCAUGACAUACCAGGUGCCGGAGAGGGCUAGAGAAGAGGUGCUGAGAGAGGACCUGGAAAAGCUCAGCAGCAUGGAGCAGCGCCAGCCCCAGUUCUCUCCUGCGCAGAAGGAGGAGCUAGCCAAGGUGCAGUCCUGGAUCCACAGACAGACUGCCCCUCAAGACAGACACCUCCCAACCUGUGUCACCUGUGAAGACAGAAGUUCAGGCGGUUACACUGCAGAGGUCCAGGAACAGCACCCGGCAGGAGACACCAGUUGAGCAACAGCGAAGAUGUCCGUUCACACCCUCUGCAGGUCAUGGGACACAGAUGUCUGUGUUACCUCGCCAAAGUCUUAAAUGACAGUCAUCCACAUGAAGACCUUCCCUGGCUUUGGUUCCAUUUUGGGUUUCGGUAGCACUGGGAUCCAACCCAGGGCCUUGCACAUACUAGGCCAGGACUCUACUGCUGACCUGGAUCCCCAGCCCUCCCUUCUUUGGUUUUUAACAGAAGACAUUUUCCCAAAGCAGGAGUUUGCAUAGGCUCUUGUUCCUGAUACUAAAACUGCCCGUGAGAAGCCUUCCCUAGCUUAUCUGUCGUCCGAAGACGUCGGCUUGCCCCUGGAGAGGUAUGUGUCUGACAAAAGUGGAUUUCAGAAUCAUCCUGAAUUAGUUGCCGCAAGAAUGG